AAUGCACAAGAAAAACGAAAACAAAAUGGAAACUUCCGAACCUUCAAUUUUGACGUGUCGUAGUGCACUGAUAAAAAUGAGAGCUUUUACAGUUUUUGCAAUUAUUGCAAUAGUUUGUAAUUUAGACUGUUGUGUAAAGAAAAGCAUAGCCGCAGAAGAAAAUGAUUUCUUCUUACCGACUGUAACAAUAUCGUUACUAGUGAGAAACAAAGCGCAUUCAUUACCGUGGUUUUUGGGAUACAUUGAAAGACUAAACUACCCAAAAAAUCGCAUGUCGCUGUGGAUCCGAAGUGAUCACAAUAUUGACAAUUCAACAGCAAUACUUAAAGAAUGGUUAUCAGCGAUGGAACGUCAUUACCACCAUGUAGACGUGCAGUAUGAUGAAGAACGACGAGGCUAUGAUCAUGAAAGAUGUCCCUUGGAAUGGACAGAGAAGAGGUUUGACAAUGUGAUUCAAUUAAGACAACAGGCUCUUGAUCAUGCAAGGAAUGCUUGGUCAGAUUAUUUAUUCAUGUUGGACACUGAUGUCAUCUUGCACCACAAGGAUACAUUACAGAUUUUAAUGGGACAUCAAAAAACUGUUAUAGGACCAAUGCUGAACAUAUCAACUGAAGGAGCAUAUUCCAAUUUUUGGUGUGGCAUGACCGAUGAGGGUUUCUACAAGAGAGUGCCAGAAUACAUGCCUAUUGUCCUUCGUGAGAAAAUGGGAUGCUUUCCUGUUCCUAUGGUACACUCGGCUGUUUUCAUAAAUCUUCGACACAGGAAUUCAUCGAAAUUAUCGUACCUCCCACCAAGUGAUUAUGAAGGACCAGUUGAUGACAUCAUUAUUUUUGCUCACAGAGUGAGAGAAGCUGGCAUGUCGAUGUAUGUUACAAAUGAAAUGUACUUUGGCACUGUUCAAAUCCCUCUUGAUUAUCCCUACACGCUACAUGAUGAAGUAGAAUUCUUUAAGCACACCAAACUGGAAGCCAUGCUGGAAGGUCCUCCUCUGUAUGUCUCUCCACACGUAUACGUACCUCCUAUUCCGCAAGACAAACUGGGUCUUGAUGAGGUGUACAUGAUCAAUUUGCUUAGACGACCCGAACGACGUUUUCGAAUGAAACACAAUCUCUAUGAACUUGGUAUAGAUGCGAAGAUCAUAGAUGCGGUAGAUGGACAGGAGCUAAACGACACCUAUCUAGAUAGUCUGAAUGUUGACAUGCUGCCUGGGUACUCUGAUCCGUACAACGGAAGGGCAUUAACAAUGGGUGAAAUUGGUUGUUUUCUUAGCCAUUAUUUUUUAUGGCAAGAAAUGAUCAGCAAGAAUUUGAAAAGAGUGCUUUUUUUCGAAGACGAUGUCAGAUUUGAGCCACAGUUUCGCCACAAAUUGCAGAAGAUGUUGCAUGAAGCUGAUACAUAUAUUCCACAAUGGGAACUCAUUUAUCUGGGUCGUAAGCGACUGCGUCCGAGUGAAGAAGCCAUGAUCCAAGGUACGAACACCCUGUGCUGGCCACACUACUCGUACUGGACGCUGAGCUACCUGUUAACACUGGACGGAGCCCGCAAGCUGAUCGCACAGAACCCCCUCGUCAAGAUGCUGCCCGUCGACGAGUACCUGCCCAUCAUGUUCAAUAAACACCCCGAAAAGUCAUGGAAGCAGUAUUUUUCGCCCAGGAACUUGGUUGGUAUUUCUGCUGAACCUCUGCUAGUGUAUCCAACUCAUUACACCGGCGAGCCAAACUACGUGUCUGACACAGAAGACUCGUCCGUCAUUCCUCUAGAAGACCAACUCGACUUUGGAUUCAGUGAUAUUAAAGAUGAACUCUAAUUCCAAAAAGUUUGAUACGUUUUAUCCACAUUUUCUCUGUCUCUGUCAAUGUUGAUCUCCAUUAGCCAUCUGAUUACAAUGUUUUUGUUGUUGAAAAAUUCAGAAGUCAAAUUUCAGGCCUCUCCAUUUCAAAACAGCAGUAGGGCAAUCCAGUGUUGGAAUGAUCUCCCGAUAACUAUAAGCAGGAGAAAUUUGAAAUGUGGAGAGUAGUACAUCACAUCUUAGAAAUAAGCAUCAGUGUAGUAAAUAUUACAGCAACAUGAUGAAAAAUUAGUAUGGAAACACUCACCACUCUGCAUCUUUGAGUGAGUAUGAGGUGAGUGUGAGCAACUGCUUAUCUCUUGCUGAGAGACCUGGUAUUAAAGAUUUGUUUUGUUGUAGUUAAACAAAUUAUCUUUGAUUUGUGAAAAAAAUGGCCUAUACAAAUAGUAUCCUUUGUUAAUGCGAUUUUGUAUUUUAAAGCAGUUUUUAUAUUGUUUUUACAUUUUUAAAAAAACCCAUGAAACAUGCAAUGUAAAUGAAAGUCCUCAAUUUGGUCACAGAAUGUGAUAUUUUUAGAUUUUCACUUUUAGCCUGUUUAUAAUGUUAAACAGUGCUUUAUUAUUAUUACCCAUAUGGGUAAAAUAAUCGAGGUAAUGUUUUUUGAAUAACUACACAGUAUGCAGAUUGGUUCGAGAACCACGAAUUGGCUGGCUUAAUAAUGACUUUGGUGGUUUGUUUGUUAUGGCUGGUACUUCACUUUCAUUCAGUCAGUUUUUUCAUUCAUAUGUCUGUAAUAGAUACGUUAUAUGAUCUACAGAGAUUUGCUGGAAUUCUUUUUUACUAAUUUUAUUUGUAAACAUGAAAGGUGUAUUUUCAUAACAAGCGGCUUUAAAUAUAUAGGACAAUAAAACUAAGGUUGUCACAGUCGUAUUUGGUAUUGUAAAUAUUUGGCUGUAAAAAGAAUACAGUUACAUGUAUGCCAUGAUGUCAAGUUACAUGUAUGCCAUGAUGUCAAGUUACAUGUAUGCCAUGAUGUCAAGUUACAUGUAUGCCAUGAUGUCAAGUUACAUGUAUGCCAUGAUGUCAAGUUACAUGUAUGCCACGAUGUCAAGUUACAUGUAUGCCAUGAUGUCACAUGUAUUACAUCAUUUAAUGCAUGUAGAGCUAUGUGACAUAAUGGCUAAAGGAAUUAUAAUUUUAAAACCCCCAAAGGUUGAGGUUUACAACAUUCACUAUCCUGGAACAGAUAAUCUGUAAUUACUUGUAGCUUGUUAGUUAUUUCAUAAAUCUUACAUAUAUAAUCAUAUACUAUUUUGUGUUUGGACCAGUUCUGUGGUCUUGCUUCCUGAGUACAAUCAUUAUAUCUUCGUCUGAAAUCCAUGCUAUGCUUAUUUCAGUAAUAAAGGCAUAGUUUUUCUUCGAGAGUGCUACAUGUUUGUUAUGUAGUUAGGUCUCAACUCUUUUGCUAUUCUAUUCAUCUGAUGAUUGAUUGAGCAUGCAUCCGUCCAUUCAGGAUAUUUUAACCUGCCCCAAAUGUCUGCUUAACCUGUGGUAAUAUCAUGUCUUAUGUCUGUCAGUGAUCUUUUCCAAUGACUUUAUUAUUUUGUGCCAAAAAUAGAAUAGCUCUUGUAUGAUUGUUAAAGCUUUAAUUGAAUUUUUUACAUUCAUUCAUUGGACAGUAGUUGUCAGAAGGGCAUUGAUUUUUAAAUCUGAUUUGACAUUUUAUAUUGUUAAUGUACAAACAUUUUGUUGUACCAGUAAUAGUAGAUCCUGCAGGAGUGAGCUUUGAGUCGGCUCAGUACUGGACUUGCUGGAAUACGUUACCCACAUAUUUACAAGACUGUAUUUAUGAAUGACAAAAACUCACUCUUUUGAGCUGUCAAAAGUGCAAAGGUGCUAAAUUCUUUUAAAUAUGUAGUGGUUUUUAAAAAAUAUAUAUAUGAUCACAACUGUAAUUAUAAAGAAAUGCUGUUAUUUUUAUAAUUUUGUGAAUUUAACCGUGAUUACUUGAUAACAACCCAUGGUUUUAAAUUUUUGUAGUCGCUCAUUUGUACUGAAUGUGUAUUAUUACGGUAUGUGGUACGUGUGUAUUUUAGAUGUUAGUAUAGAUACAGCAAUUAGAAACUUACAUUACAACUGUAUACCUUUCAGUAAAAAUGUGAGAUAAAGGAAUGCAAAGCUAAUCGAAAUUGGCCAUACAUUAAUCAUAAUAUUACAAUCAUUACUACUAGCUAUCAGUAUUAUUAGCUCUCUUUCAAAUGUCUUUUUAUCUUUGAAAUUUACUAUGACCCAGUAGCGCUGAAGAAUUUAGCUUAAUUUCACAAACAUCGUCUAUUUUUAUUUGAAUCUUUAUCAAGUUAACAUGUAGAACAUUUUGAUACCGUAUUUAAUUAUGGAAUUUUUCAGUUUAAUAUUGGAAGUAAAACACACUAUAACCUUUGUCCUAGAGAAAUUUUGCCAAGCAUUUAUAAAGAUAUUGUUUUUUUUUAUUCUGUCAAAUGAAAAUAUAAGAAGUACUUUUACUAAUGAUCCAUCAGUGAUUGGGAAAAGAAAAAACAGUAAAACGUUAAAAAUUAAUUUUUAUUUAAUAACUAUUUUUAAUACAUCUGCUUCCUUUUUUAAAGUCUUGCAUGAAUAAAUAUUGUGUUAUCUGAAAUUUAAGAGAAAAAUAUAAUUCAAAAUUAAACAAAUAUAUCCUAGUAACAAACAAAACUCACAAAUUAAUGGGAAAAAAGAAGCUUAAUAUAUUGCACCAAGUACCAUUUCUUAGGGUUGUUUUUUUUUGAAAAGUUUUAAUGUGAAUAUUCAUUUCUGCUUUGUGUUUAUGCUAUGCUUUUAAUUAGCUUUAUGUUGUUUUUAGAUGUGCUUACUAUUGUUCUCCAUUGACUGUAUUUAUAUCACUCAUGGAUCAUAUACAAUGUGCCAUAUAACAUGUUUCAUUUUGCCAUGUCUUUCAAAAUAUUUGGUAGGAUGAAUUUUGUUCUAUUGGGCCAAGUAUAGACCAUGUCUCACUUUACUAAUCAUAUGAAUCUGGAAUUGCCAUUUACAAUUAUUCCAGGAUGAAUAGUUUAAUCUUCAGCAUACAUAAUAUAUGUAUUUUUAAAAUAUAUAAAAAUAACAGUAUUUAGGUACAUUUAUGUAUAUAGGGCAUGCACUUAAACAUUCUUUUUCUUAUUUUGUAUUAUGCAUACAUACUGUAGAUCUAGAAUAUUUUGUGAACAACAAAAUAGUGUGAAAUGGCAGAAAUUUGCAAUUACUUUGAUUUUGAAGAAAUACAACAGCAAAACUUUUCGUGGAUUCUGUUCUAAGCAAUUUUCAUGCUGGGGUGUUUUUAAAUAUGUGUUCAUUCAUUUUGUUGUAGCCAAUAUACUUGACAUAAUUGCUAAUAGUGUACAUCUAAAUAAAUUCAAUCUGAUUGAAUAAACUUACUCACAACUUA